AUGUCAGCUUGCUUGCUUGAAGAGGGUAGAGACGAGGGGGGCGGUGUGGAGUCAGCGAACGCUGGUGAGAUGAUUGAGCGACCGCGUCGAGAGGUCCUGCUGAGUGCUCGGGGCAGAAGAGCUUGCUCAGAACAGGGUCCGCAAGCAGCUUAUUUACAACACAGCACAGCUCAUCUUUGGGGCUCUAACAGUGGCCGACGAGGAUGGAGCCGCAAACGUACUUCUGCACCACAAAUGGGCAACACUCAGGGUUCCAUGCCACGUAUCGCUCUUGUACUUAGGUCCAGGAGGAGUUGGCCAGUAGCCCCACAGUCUUAUCGCAGGUAA